AUGUCUUCUUCCAUCUUACACCAAUGCCCGUCCUGUGGGCAUGUUUCUGAUAUCUCUCUUUCCCUCGCUGCGUUCAUCGAGAAUCCACACUGUGACCAGUGUGGCCUGUCUGCCUCGGAGAGCAAAGGCAAGCUGCAGGAUGAACUGGCUGCUUUGUUCGACCGACAGAUGACCAUGGCACAGCUUCCUUCCGCCCAGAAAGACCCGGUCUCCUUCAGUAUCUCCCAGCAUUACCACCACUCUUCCCACGUAGCACCUCCCCCGAAUCCAAACCCGAUCUUCCAGACAUUUCAGAGCGUCCAUGGUGUCUUAGGACGGCAUGGGAUUGACUCCAGCAUCUUCUCCUCCAGUCAGUUGGAACUCUUUCAACAUGCGGACGUGGAGCAACGACAGCGCUUGAUACAAACGUGGCAGCUCUACUCGCGGUUGGAACGGGCCCCGAUCGUGCCAUCUUGCCAAGAUAUACAAUCUUUCCCCGCAAACCCCGCCGAGGACCUCGAGAUGAACGAUCCGGUCGAUGCCGUUUCCGAGGAUCAUGGCGAGCUUGCAGAACCUUACAUGUUAUCGGGCUACGAGGCUGCUCCAUCGAAGGAGCCCACGACCGGGGUGCCCUACGCUUCGUCUACAGAUCCCGUAUACAACAGCCAACAGUGGUGGGAGCCGGCCCAAGUGGGACCGAUGGAGUCCCAGUACGGGGCAUUUGAGGAGAUGAACCGAUAUCAUGCGGCUCGUGGGAUGGUUCAGCCGCACUGGUGCCAAAAUUGA